AUGGGAAAACAGUCUGUUCUCGGCGAGCUGCGAGCCUUCCGAGCUACAAUUCCACAGGAGAAGCUUCGGGUCUGGGAAAAUCCCACUGGCUGGCCAUGCCUUCUCAAAAUUGCUCGUGACUGGGCCCUCAUACUCGCUGCGUACCAGCUGUUCGCGAGAUUCCCGUCAAGCCCAACAUUCAUCGCCGCGCUGCUCCUGAUGUCAUGGGGCCAGCGUGGGCUGUCGACACUCGCUCACGAUAGCAUCCACGGGAACCUGUACAAAAACAAGUGGAUCAACGACCUCGUCACCAACGUCUUCCUCGCCCCAGCAUUAAUGAGCACCGCUAAGCUCCAGCGCGCUAGCCAUAGCGCACACCAUAACUAUCUGGGCACGGAAGACGACCCAGAUCACGGAGAACACAACCCGACGAGUCUGCGCCAUUAUCGUACCGGCACCUACUGCCACAAAUCGAUGUUUUCGCUGUUUCUCUACGAUGUCAUGGACCCGGUCUUGUUUCUACACAGCGCUCUCGGUGACCUCAAAGCGGCUCCCGUGCUGCUAAUUGGGUGGUGGGCGGCCGUUGGACUGUUGACAAGUUUCCUGGAGCCAAGCUAUCCUCUACUCUCCUUGGGCAACAUUCGCAUAAAUACUUUCGUCGUUCUAUUCCAUUUUGUGCGCUGCACUAUUAGCUAUGGCUUUUAUGUUUUGCGUGAGAUUAUCGACCAUUCUGGGCUCCCAUCCAAUGGCGUGUUAGAGUUCACGCGCUCUAGUCCCUGGGGCAGUUGGUUUCAGAAAUUCCUCCAGCCUCACGAUGACAACUACCACCUGCUACAUCACCUUCUACCAAAGGUCCCAAUGAGCAAGCUACAUGUUGCGGAUUCAUGGCUGAUGAAGAAUAAUGAAGAAUAUGCCAAGGCAAACCAUUUUGAUACAUAUCUUGAAGACCACAAGUCACUGUUCCUGCAACAGCUACAUAGUUGCGCAAAUGAGUAA